AUGGUCCAGAGGCAGCAGUGCCAGCUGAGGACACUGACAGAUGACAAGUACUUUGAACAAAGUUCAGUGUUCCACUAUACUUGGGAACAAGUUGCUCAAGGAUUUUGGAGAAGAUAUCCCAAACCGCACAGCAAUCAUGUUUUUAGUGAAGAUACAGCAUUCAGAGAAGUUCGGGACCAUAAGCUUUAUACAAAACGACUCCUUACAAAAACUAACAGAGUUCCUAAAUGGGGUGAAAGAUUCAUUAGUGGCAGAACAGUCAAAGUUGUUGAAGAGUCUGUUGUGGAUCCUAACCAGAAGUUGUUGGUCACGUACACCAGAAACAUUGCAUAUGUCAGAGUUAUGAGUGUUAUAGAAAAGGUACAGAGAGUACGCAAGGAAAAUCCUAACUGAACUGUAGCAGAAAGAUCAGCUUGGAUAGAUUCUCAAGUGUUUGGAUUUGGGCGUGCUAUACAAGCAUUUGGCGUAGAAAGAUUUCGCAAAAAUUGUCAGAAAAUGGUUUCAGGCUUCAAUUAUGUACUUUCUUCUGUCUGA